AUGGCUUCCCUCUCUCGCUCGGUCUCUUCUCUGGCAGCCAGUUCGCGCAUCAAUGUUGUGCUAAGAAUUGGCUCCAAGGUACCGCGUACUGCAUGCUUUAACAGAGUCAAUGGCUCUCUGGCGCCCAUUGGACUGCGAUUUGGAAGCGGUGCCGCAAUCCCAAGAAAGAAGGAACCCAUCGCUGGCGAUGCUCAACCCCCUGCUAAGAUUGUCGGUAACUCAAAAAUCUACAAGAGCGCAGAAGAUGCGGUAGCAGAUAUCAAGAGUGGCUCUACAAUUCUGAGUUCUGGAUUCGGUCUUUGUGGUGUCGCAGAAACCAUUAUCCAGGCAAUUGCGAAAAGAGGAGCUGGCGAAGUCACCAACUUGACUGCUGUUUCCAACAACGCCGGUGUAGGAGAUGGCGGUCUUGCUUCUCUCGUCAAGUCGGGCCAAGUUACAAAACUCAUCAUCUCAUAUCUCGGUGGUAACAAGGAUCUGGAGAGAAAGUAUCUCACCGGAGGCAUCGGCAUUGAGCUGUGCCCUCAGGGUACCCUCGCUGAGAGAAUCAGAGCAGGAGGUGCAGGCAUCCCAGCUUUCUUUACUCCUACUGGUGUCAACACUGCCAUCAUGACUGGUGAUAUUCCUAUUAGAUUUGGACCUCCCGCCGAGGGCUCGAAUGAGGCUUCUGUGGUCGAGGCUGGUACUCCUCGCGAGACUCGUGUCUUCGAGGGUAAGACCUACAACAUGGAGCGUGCCAUCAAGGGUGACGUCGGAGUCCUGAGAGCAUGGAAGGUCGACGAGGCUGGUAACUGUCGCUUCCGAUACACCACCCAAGCAUUCGGUGUCCUUGUCGCAAAAGCUGCUAAGAUGUCCAUCGUCGAGGCCGAGGAGAUCGUUCCCGUAGGCUCUAUUCACCCCGACGAUGUCCACCUUCCCGGAAUCUACGUCGAUCGCAUCAUUCAAGCCACAGCCGAGAAGGGCAUCGAGCAGAGAAUGACUCGCCCUUCAGAAGAGACGGAGACCACAAAGGAUAUCCCUGCCGCAGAGAAGUCGCCUGCCCUGAUCAGAAGAGAGAGAAUCGCCAAGCGCGCCUCGAAGGAACUUCACAACGGCAUGUACGUCAACUUGGGCGUCGGUAUGCCCACUCUGGCUCCCUCUUUCCUUGACCCUGAAGUCAAGGUCUGGAUUCAGUCCGAGAACGGUCUUCUUGGCCUCGGUCCUUACCCCACUGAGGCAGAGGUUGACGCCGAUCUCAUCAACGCUGGAAAGGAGACUGUCACUAUGGUCCCUGGUGGAGCUACCUUUGAUUCUGCCGAGUCCUUCGCCAUGAUCCGUGGUGGACAUGUCGAUGUCUCUAUUCUUGGAGCUCUCCAAGUCAGCGCCAACGGUGAUCUCGCCAACUACAUGAUCCCUGGCAAGGUCGUCAAGGGCAUGGGCGGUGCUAUGGAUCUCGUGUCCAACCCCGAGCAAACCAAGAUUGUUUGCUUGACUGACCACGUCGACAAGUACGGCAAGCCCAAGGUUGUCCAGGAGUGCUCGCUCCCUCUUACCGGAGCUCGUGUAGUCAGCACUAUCAUCACCGACCUCUGUGUCUUCCAGGUCGACCGCAAGGACGGCGGUCUUACUCUCACCGAGCUGGCCGAGGGCGUCACCGUCGAAGACAUCAAGGCCAACACCGGUGCAUCAUUCACAGUCGCAAAGGAUAUCAAAUCGAUGGAGUAA